UAUGGCUUCCAGGUUCUUUCCACCGCUUUUCUCUUCGGUAGAUCAGUUAAGCCGGGACAGGCGAGCCAGGAAGUCGCGAAGGCGCCAGGGCGAGCUGGGUGGGGCGGGGGGCGGGGCCUGCGUCUCUCUAGGGCGGCCGGAGUGGGCGCGUCCCUAUUGGUUGGAGGGGGAAGUAACACCUCAAGAACGCUGUCAUUUCCUGGGCCAAGUUGGGACCCGGAAGGCCUCACCAUGAUGAAACAGGCAGUUGCUGCUGCAGUGGGAGGAGCCCUGGCAGUGGGGACUGUGCCCCUGGUGCUCAGUGCCGUGGGCUUCACUGGGGCAGGAAUCGCCGCGUCCUCCGUAGCAGCCAAGAUGAUGUCCGCAGCAGCCAUUGCCAACGGGGGUGGGGUUUCUGCUGGGAGCCUGGUGGCUAUUCUGCAGUCCGUGGGGGCAGCCGGACUCUCCACAUCAUCCAACAUCCUCCUGGCCUCUGUUGGGUCAGUGUUGGGGGCCUGCUUGGGGAAUUCACCUUCUUCUCUCCCAGCUGAACCCGAGGCUAAACAAGAUGAGGCAAGAGAAAAUGUACCCCAAGGUGAACCUCCAAAACCCCCACUCAAGUCAGAGGAACAUGAGGAAUAAAGGUCACAUGCAGAUGCA